AUGGAUAUUCCCACAGGGACCCAGGGCCACCUCUCAAAGGGCCUCCUGCUCUCAGCUUCAAUCCUGGCCCUGUGGAUGCCCCAAAGCUCCCGAGCAGCCCUGCACAUCCAGAAGAUACCAGAACAGCCUCAAAAGAACCAGGACCUUCUCCUGUCCGUCCAGGGUGUCCCAGACACCUUUCAGGACAUCAACUGGUACCUGGGGGAUGAGACCUCUGGAGGCACCAGGCUAUUCACCUACAUCCCCCAGCUACAGCGGCCCCAGAGGGAUGGCAGUGCUAUGAAACAGCGAGACAUCGUGGGCUUCCACAAUGGUUCCAUGCUGCUGCGUCGUGCCCAGCCCACAGACAGUGGCACCUACCAGGUAGCCAUCACCAUCAACCCUGCCUGGACCAUGAGGGCCAAGACUGAGGUCCGGGUAGCCG